AUGGUAACAAAAUUCUACCAGCACAUCCUGGCCUUGGCAUUUGCGGUAAAAGUGAUAAAUGAGAGCCCCAGCAUCUUGCCCAAUAUCACACUGGGUUUCCACAUCUAUGACAGCUAUAAUGAUGCAAGGAUUACCUAUCGUAACACUCUGAACCUGCUCUUUAAAAUGCACAGAUUUGCUCCCAACUACAAAUGUGACUCGCAGAAAAACCUCAUAGCCAUCAUCGGAGGACUUAGCUCUGAUACCUCCUUCCAUAUGGCUGAUACCUUAAGCCUCUACAAGAUUCCACAGCUUACAUAUGGCUCAUUUCCACAGAAGGAGAGUGAUAUAGAUCACUUACUUUCCCUUUACCGCAUGAUGCCCAAUGAAGCUCAUCAGUAUAUCGCGAUUAUCAGCUUGCUUCAACAUUUUGGAUGGACAUGGGUUGGACUCUUUGUUACUGGUGAUGAAGGAGGAGAAAAAUUCUUGCAGGCCCUGGAGCAAUUGCUCUACCAGCAUGGGAUCUGUUCAGCCUUCACACAAAGAAUGGAAAAAGCAUCUCAUUCCGAUUUGUUCAUUGAACUUUAUGACAUACUUGAAAGUUAUUAUGUGGGUCUCACAAAUGACAAAGUGAAUGCAUGCAUUGUCUAUGGAGAUUCUCAGACUUUGACCUGGCUGAGAUGUCUUAUAUUUCUACGAGAUCCUGAUAAUAAGGAAAGCUCAACAUUUAGAAAAGUGUGGAUCAUGACAACUCAAAUUGAUUUUGUAUUAUUGAGUUAUCAAAAAGCUUGGGGUCUUGAGCUCUUUCAAGGUGCCAUUUCCUUCACCAUUCACUCAAAAGAGCUUCUCAAGUUCCAUGAAUUUAUUCAGAUCAUAAAACCUUACUGGAACCCAGCAGAUGCUUUUCUCAAGGACUUCUGGGAGCAAGCAUUUGAUUGUAAACUUCCCAAACUGCACAUGCAAGAUACUGAAACAUGUACAGGGGAGGAGAAAUCUAAGCACAGAGCAAUGACAGGAGACAAAAGGUUUGAACUUCAAGAUCUGCAGCCUUGGCAGGUGACUCCCCUUUCUCUAUGUAAUGACCACUGCCACCCUGGCAAUCAGAAGAAAAAGAAAGAAGGGGAAAAGUUUUGCUGCUAUGAUUGUGCUCCAUGUCCAGAAGGGGAAAUUUCAAACCAGGAUGAUAUGAAUGACUGCUUCAGAUGCCCAAAAGCUCAGUAUCCAAACAAGAACAAAACUGCCUGCAUUCAGAAAACGAUGACCUUCCUUUCUUACAAAGAACUUUUAGGGAUCAGCUUAGCAUCCAUUGCCCUUUCUUUCUUCCUCAACACAGUUUUGGUGCUAGGAAUAUUCAUAAAGUACAGAGAGACUCCCAUAGUCAAAGCCAACAACCGGGACCUCACCUACUCUCUCCUUGUCUCUCUCCUGCUCUGCUUCCUCUCUUCAUUGCUAUUUCUGGGUGAACCUAGCACAGUCUCCUGCCUCCUCCGGCAACCAAUGUUUGGCAUUAUCUUCUCUGUAGCCGUUUCUUGUGUGUUGGCCAAAACUGUCACUGUAGUACUAGCUUUCAUGGCCACCAAGCCAGGGUCCAGCAUGAGGAAGUGGAUGAGUAAAAGACUGACAAAUUCCAUUGUCUUUUCCUGUUCUCUUAUUCAAUCAACUAUCUGUACUGUGUGGUUGAUGACAUCUCCCCCAUUCCCUGAACUGGACAUGCACUCUUUAGCUGAAAAAAUCAUUGUGCAAUGUAAUGAAGGCUCAGUCACCAUGUUCUAUUGUGUCCUGGGCUACAUGUUCCUCUUGGCCAUUGCCAGCUUCGUUGCCGCAUUUGCAGCCCGUAAGUUACCUGACAGUUUUAAUGAAGCCAAGUUCAUUACAUUCAGCAUGUUGCUCUUUUGCUGUGUUUGGCUGUCUUUUUUUCCAGCCUACCUGAGCACAAGAGGGAAACACAUGGUGGCUGUGGAGAUCUUCUCCAUCUUGUCCUCCAGUGCUGGGUUAUUGGGCUGCAUCUUUGCCCCUAAAUGCUACGUCAUCAUUCUGAGGCCUGAGCUGAACAACAGAGAACAACUUAUUAAAAAAUGUACUAAAUAA